UAUGAUAGAAGGUUCCCAAGCAGAGCCCUCCCUCCGCCUCUCCGGACUCCACAUCCCAUCCCAUGGCCGUCUCUAGGUGAUCUAGCGCCGCCAGUAUCGAGCAGGUGUCCAACAUGGCGAUCACGGGGAGCGGAUCUCUCACUAUGUCUCUGUCGAUUUUGGCCAUUUCAGCCGCGUUCCUCCUGAAAGGAGCCGCUGAAUCCAUGACAGAUGUCGAAGGUCAGAACCUGGGGACCGACAACGUGUCGGUGGUGGAGGGCGAGACGGCCACCAUCAGCUGCAGGGUGAAGAACAACGACGGCUCGGUCAUCCAGCUGCUCAACCCCAACAGACAGACCAUCUACUUCAGAGACGUCAGACCCCUGAAGGACAGCCGGUUCCAGCUGGUGAAUUUCUCUGACAACGAGCUGCGGGUCUCCCUGUCCAACGUGUCACUCUCCGAUGAGGGACGCUACGUGUGCCAGCUCUACACAGAUCCCCCUCAGGAAGCCUACGCCGACAUCACUGUCCUGGUCCCACCAGGCAGCCCAAUCAUUGAAAGUCGGGAGGAUGUGGUCCGCGAGGGGAACGAGACGGAGCUCACCUGCACGGCCAUGGGCAGCAAGCCACCCGCCUCCAUCAGAUGGAUGAAAGGAGAGCAAGAACUGACAGGUGAGACAACAUUAGAGGAGACCUAUGACAGGAUGUACACCGUCAUCAGCCGUGUGAGAAUCGCUGUCACCAAAGAGGAUGAUGGAGUGCCAGUAGACUGCAUCAUCGACCACCCAGCUGCAAAGGACCUCCAGGCACAAAGACAUUUGGAAGUGUUAUAUAAACCAGAAGUGAAGAUCGUGGUGACGUACCCUGAGGGACUAACAAGAGAGGGAGACAAUCUAGAUUUGACAUGUAUCGCAGAGGGAAAACCACAUCCCCAUCAGAUCAACUGGCUGAGGGUAGACGAGGAUGUGCCGCCACACGCCGUGGUCACCGGCUCCGACCUCUACAUCGAGAACCUCAACAAGUCUUACAACGGCACCUACCGCUGCGUGGCGUCCAACGCCGUGGGAGAGGCCUACGACGACUACAUCCUCUAUGUAUACGAUGCUCCCACUACUACCCCCACACCCACCACCAACCCAGACAACAUGCAAGACUCCAGAGCCGGCGAGGGGGCACCGCAGAAAAUUGACCACGCUGUCAUCGGAGGAGUGGUUGCCGUGGUGAUGUUCGCCAUCCUCUGUGCUCUCAUCGUCCUCGGUCGAUACUUCGCCAGACACAAAGGCACCUACUUCACGCACGAAGCCAAAGGGGCAGACGAUGCGGCGGACGCGGACACGGCCAUCAUUAAUGCGGAGGGGGGACACAACAACACGGAUGAGAAGAAGGAGUACUACAUUUAAUAUGGAG